GCCCGCUUCUUUUCAUACGCCUGCUGACUUGGGCGUGGACUCAACCACAUAUGAAAGAAACUUCUCGCUGUAUACCGGACUUGCCACUCGCUGGGGGGCUGUCCUUGUAUUAUUACGUGCUGCAGUCAAGAGCACCGAUGAGAACACAGAGUUCCAUAUCAACGGGAGGUUGAUACAGACGUCCAUCCGCGAGCUGCGGUCUUGUGGUUGCUUACCUCUAGUAGCUCUUCAGGAUCUGCUCGAACGCUUCGAGGGAGUCAUGAUCUUCAUCUCAGACUCUCUUUCUGCAGUGAACUAUGCGCUCCGGCCGUACAUCAAACUGAUCGAGCUCCGCCCUCCCUCGGCGGAAACCAUCAAGACCAUGCUCUGUGACCACCUGAAUUAGCUUGACCCUGAUAUGGUCAAGUCCAGGGACGAUAUAUUGGCUUGGAUAGCAACCGCUGCGGAUAACUUGAUGCUGACGGGCCAGGAAGCCCGUGCGAUCCUCGUCGCGCUUUACCAAGCAAGGGUGGAUGGGAGGAACAUGGCCCUGGAAGACAUCAUCCGGACAUACACCUCAAAGACAAGGCGACCGAACGAGGGGGACUUGUUUCCGAUAUAUCACCGUAUGGUGAGAAUGAAUCAGGAGAAGGAGCGAUGCCACCUGGGCUCGCCGAACCGCUGCUCAAUGCCUUUGGCUCUGCUUCUACAAUUCCCGACGAUGGGCGUCUCUAUCUCACCUUUUCGGAGUUCUUUUUUCCACUCCGGCUCCGCACACAACGCCCUGGAACAUUAUCCUCUUAAACGAAGCCACAAUAAGGUUUCUGAACGUCGCGGACUUUCAAAUAAUCGAUUGGGGCUAGCCCAAAGCCUGUGGGCUCCGAUGGGGGGCUGCGUCCAUCGGCGACAAGCACAGCUGCCGCCGCACACUCCUUACCCGGCCUUUGAGACACCGCGACAGAGAUGGGAAGACGGGGGAUUCACGGUUGGACUACGUCAUCUCAUCGAAGCCGAUAUACAUGGUGCAUCCAGAUGCGGCAAGCCCUGGAAAAAGACUGGUGUAUGGUUGCUCGCUUUCCUCUCCGAACCCCGGAGUUUGCCAGUGUAACUCUCAAAAACCGACGGGAAACGCAGGCUCUUUCAGGGACUUGUAGCACUUUCCACUGUCGACUUACGCCGAAUACGGUCUACGGCGGUGCAAAUGUACGAUAAUUGCAACGAGACCAACAGGCUCGUCGUGCCAUUAUUCUUGCCGUGGAUUGGAAUGCGUCCCGCACAUUGUGCUCCUGACUCGCGCUUCAUGUUCCAUGCAACGACGCUGCUGCGCUACAUCACUGCACAUGUCUUUGUGAAAGCCAUGGAACCGUAUCGUAUCCGU